CUAGGCUACUAUAUGAUGUCAGCACUCUAAAGAGAACCCCCAUAUUGGCGCUCGCAGAAGAAGUCAGAAACACGUUUUUGAUUGUUCUGGUCAUCGCACAUCAUUUUCUGUCUGUUUACUGGUCCUGAAAACAAUUAUUUAAGAAGUAGUAGCAGUUUGUCCUCAAAUUCAAAACUCGAAUCGAAGGAAAUUUGCCUCUGCAAAGUUCGGAAAAGGUGCUUACGGUUGUCACGGUGAUCCUGCCCUCCACGACAACACUUAUUAUCCUUGUUCUGAAAUGUCCUCUGAGGCGACAACCAUGAAGGCGCCCCGUCCUAUGACCCCGCCCUUACCCUCUAGCCCCCCGCGGUCUCCCAUCUCCCCGGUGUCCCCAGGGUCCCUGCGCCUGCCUGCCUGUCAGAACAGGGAUCGCUCGCCCUCGCCCAUGAGGGGCUACCUAAUACCCAGCCCGCUCCCGACCAGGCGCAACAGGACCUUCUCAGCGUCGGCCCGUGCAGCAGAGGGCCCUUCCUUCACUGGUGUGUGUAAGUGUUUCUCCCGCUCCAGAGGACACGGUUUCAUAACACCUUCCGACGGAGGCAAUGACAUCUUUGUGCAUAUCUCCGAUAUCGAUGGGGAGUACGUUCCCGUGGAAGGUGACGAGGUCAGCUACAAGAUCUGCUCCCUCCCUCCCAAAUGUGAUAAGGUCCAGGCAGUGGAUGUGACCAUCAUCCACCUCAAGCCAGGAUCCAAGCAUGAGACCUGGGGAGGCUCUGUGGUCAGCGCUUGAGCCUGGGAAGACCCACCGUAGAAGCUGGAGGAAGGGGGGGCGGUCGGUCAUUUGUUUGGGGUGGGCUGCUAUGCUAAGAUGACUGGCCUCCCCUAUCUCUUCUCAUCAUUAUACAGGCACCCUUCCUGUCUCGAUACCCUUGUUGUCCCUGCUCUCACAGAGUUCUCUGGUGCACCAAUACACAUCCUGUCAGGGUAUUCUUCUAGCGGAGGGCCAAUCAACAAAGUAAAUCCCUGUUAAGUAAUCUAGUAAUAUUUCUUUAAGCUGAAGGAGAGAAGAGGAGGCCAAUCCAGAGUAUUGACACACCCAGAGUGUGUAGUCGACAUGAGGGUAGGGGGUGAAAGGUUUUUAUUUGAUUAUUUUUGCAGGCAAAUGGGUCAUUUUUCUUAUUCAGAGGGUGAAACGGUGGGUGUGAAUUAAAAACUAUAGAAUGUUGUUUUGAAGUUUAUCAUGCCAAGCUCAUUAAAAAAAUUAAGUUUUUGUUUGGAGUGACUCAUUGUGAAGCGACUAUGAUUGAUGGGUUUAAAAUAUGUUUGUUUUGAAUGAGGGCUAUGAUAGAGUGCUUUUCUCAAAUAAAAAGUGAGCUGCUUUUAGAUGUCCCAACAACUCUGCUACCCAGUUUGGUCGAGGAAAUGCCACAAGACACGUCAUUGCUACUGUCCUGUACUUUUAGACACGAGUGCCUUCAAUUACGGAUUUAUGGUAUGUAUAAUACAACAACUAAAAUGAAUAAUUCCUGCUCUUUGUAACUUCAGCAUGAGGUCAAUUUGGAACUGAAGUCUGGGUGAACCUGCCAACUUGCCUAAUUAUGCGCCUCCAUUUUGCUUGUGUAUCAUGUUAAAUUGAAGUAAAUAAAAAAUCUGCAUCAGUC